AUGGAUUUGUUCAGUGAUGAAAGUGAUAAUGAAAUGUAUGAGAUAGGUGUUUUUGAUUCAGAAGGUAUUGUAGAUACUGAAAAUCGCCGACUUUAUAAUCGAAUAAAUUACAGAAGUGAAUUUUCUGACUCUGAAUUUACAUAUAGAUUUAGAUUAAAUAAAACGUCCGUGGAUGAGUUAUUAUUGAAAAUAACACCAUCCUUAAAAGUAAUUUCUUCAAGGAAUAAUGGAAUAUCACCGUUACAUCAGUUGUUGCUGACCUUGAGAUUUUAUGCACUGGGAACAAUGCUUUUAUCAGUAGCGGACUUUAUUGGUGUAUCGAAAGCUUCAGCCAGCCGAAUUGUGCAUCAUGUAUCUCGGGCUAUAGCUGGCUUAUACCCUCAAUAUGUGAAGACAUUAAGCAAUACCCAGAAUGCCUUUCAUGAAAUCGCAGGAUUUCCAAGAAUUCUUGGCGCAAUUGACUGCACGCAUGUUCCCAUACAGUCACCUGAUUCAAAUAUAGGAGAAGAAUACAGAAAUAGAAAAGGCAUAUUUUCAAUGAAUGUCCAAGGAGUCUGUAACGCAGACUUGUUAUUUAUGAAUGUUGUUGCCCGUUGGCCUGGGUCUGCUCAUGAUGCUACUAUAUUUAACAACUCUAGGCUAAAAAUGCAAUGUGAAGAGGGAUUGUUUGGCAAUAGAUGGCUUAUUGGAGACAGUGCAUAUCCCUGUACUUCAUAUCUUUUGACACCACUGCUCAACCCCACAUCUGUUGCAGAGAAUCAUUACAAUGAAGCACAUAUAAAGACUAGAAAUACUAUUGAAAGAUGUUUUGGUGUGUGGAAAAGGCGCUUUCCAAUACUCUCUUUAAAAAUCCGUGUAGCUAUGCAGACAACACAGGCCAUUAUUAUUGCCACUUCUGUAUUACACAACAUCUGCAGAUUAAAUAAUAUUAGAGAUGUAGAUCCAGAAGUUGCAAUGCCGCAAGAAUCAGGUGACAUUACCUAUGCUGAAGGGAUAGGUCAACAAAAUCACAGUGUCAGACAACAGCUAAUUAAUAAUUAUUUUAGUGUUUAA